CAAUUGGAAAACAUAGUGAAGAAAUCGUCAACAGUUCCGGCCAUAAAUCAGAUCGAAUCUCAUCCCUAUCUGAAUAAUGAAAAACUGAUCCAAUUUUGUGGCCAACGAAACAUACAUUUGACGGCAUACUCACCGCUGGCCCGACUCGGCAACGGUAUUGACGUAUCGCCGCUGGAGUUACCGCUAAUCAAAGAGUUGGCCAAAAAGUAUAGCGUAGGCGAAGGAGCCGUUUGUAUCCGAUGGCAAACCCAAAGAGGGCUUUCAGUUAUACCAAAGAGUUCGUCCAAAGAGAGACUUAAGGCUAACCUUAAUGUGUUUCACUUUACACUAACCGACGGCGAAGUGAAAGCAAUACUGGCGUUGAAUCAAAACAUGAGGACAUCUAAACACAACAGACACGGCGCCGAUAAGUCCAAGAAUAACCCCUUUCUUAUUGAGUACUGA